AUGGCAUCUUCCGGCGUCCUCCUCUCCUCCCCAGACAGAGAGGAGUUCACACUCGCCCUGCUCUCACUGUUCCACGUCCAGCUUACCGUCGCCCUUCUCUUCCCUAUCACCUUCUAUCUCAUUCACUUCAUCCGCAAAGAUUACCAUGCCUUCCUCGCCCUCGGUCCUGGCGGCACACCAUCAACCCCAGCAGGAUACCUCCGAAUCUGCAUCCUCCGUCUAGUCACGAUCCGCAAUCCCUUUCAAGCCCCUUCAGUCCCACCAACUCUCCACCCAAAAAUAGGCCUCCUAACCCGCACUACCCUCCCUGCUCGCCCUGGGUCCCGUCCAACGGUUGUAGGAAUCGCACCGCAGCGCCAAAUAACCCAAAAGCCGGGGGCCGCAAUGUACGACGCUCUUGCAACAGAAAUCCAGCGACUCCCAAUUGCGCACCCAAACACCCUCUACUCCGCAACUUCCUGCUUCGAGAAGCAUAGCACGGGCAUCUUCCAUCGUCUCCCUUGCGAAUCGUCCCCCACCUCAUUUGACAAAAACAACAACAACACCUUCAACAGAUCCCCCAAACGACCCUCAGCAACCCACAACCACCGCAUAACCUGCAACGGCGAAGUCUGCCACUCGCACCCCAGCGACGGAAGCCUCCACCUGACACUACACCCCGCGGACGUGAAGCUUAUUAUUGAGCGCGGCUGGGGCCAACGGCACCCGCUGGCGAGGGACAGUUGGUGGUGGGUGGCGAGGAUUGUGCCGACGGGGUUCGUGAUGAUCUAUGCGCCAAGAAACGAGGAAGAGCUGAAGGUUGUUGUAGAGAUUAUUAGAGCUGCGGCGUGGUGGGUUGGCGGGAAGGAGUUACGAUGA